UCCUCAGCAGAUCCUCACACCGUCAACAUGAAGCUUGUUCUGCUCGCCCUCUUGGUCGCCCUGGCCGCCGCCGCCCCUCGCCCUGAGCAGGACGCAGAGACCGUGGUGGACGAGCGCGAGGACAACGGUGACGGCAACUUCAAAUACAAAUUUGAAACCAGCAAUGGACUCGCCGAGGAACGUGUCGGCACCGUUGGCGCUGAGGGCCAGAGCAACUUCCAAGGUUCCUUCAGAUUCACUUUUCCUGACGGCAACGUCGCCGAGGUCACCUACGUCGCCGACGAGAACGGCUAUAGGGCCGAAUCUCCGCUGAUCCACCCCAUCCCAGCCCACGCCCUUGCACAGAUCGCCUUUGCGGAAGAGCAGCGCGCUAAGGGUGUCACCUUCGAGAAAUAAGGCGUAGAUUAGUCAAGUUCUUGACCUUUCUAGUUCAACCACUUGGAUUGGACGAUAGAGCGACGGUCUCGCUUUGUGCAGGUUGGCGUUCAAUCCCCAAAUGUCCAAGUGGUUGGGCACCAUUCCUUUUCCUCCGUCCCAUGCCAAAUCCUAAUCCUGACCCUUUCCCAGUGCUAAAUAGUUGUAAUGGCGUGGCACUUUCCCCUGAUAGUUCCCAUCUAUCAGCCAGUGAUCUUAACCCACCAUCUCCCUUCCCUCGUAGCAUUUGUUCUUUCCCUCCAUGAAUUUAACUCGAUCACAGAGAAAGUUUGCUUUCCUCUGUAUCACUAUUCCUGCGCACUACCUAAUGUUGUCAUAUGUUAAAAUAAAAUGUUUAUGCUGAAA